AUGGGUCAGGGCAGCUCACAGCCCGAGCAACACGUCUUUAACGCCGAUGCGCCUGUGAGGUUGAGCCAGUCUGUCAUCAACAAUCUGCAGUCCAGUCCAGAGACCGAUUCCACACGCGCCCAGGAUCUCGAGCUGAAAGUACAGAACCGCGUCAACGCCGAGCUCGCUAGAGUAAAAGAAGCGCAAGCCAAACAGCUCGACGACCUCACAGCUUCCCUCACCACCAACCCUCCCAAGGAAGACUCCCAAGCCCCAGAACCCCAGCGAGCGACUACCGGCCUCGCCUACCACCUCAGCUCGCCCUUCUACCACGACUCGAGCAAAAAGAUCGAAGCAGCUCCCCAGGAAGAUUCCGGAAGGAGUCACGACAGCGUACACAAGGAAAUCAUGGAUCUACGGCAGAAGCUAGACGCACGGAAGAAGGUGGAGAAGGUACCACAAGAAGUGGCAAAGGCCAAGGAGAGCCUCGUACAGUGCUUGAGGACGAACGACCGAAGACCGUUGGACUGCUGGCAGGAGGUUGAGCAGUUCAAGGCUGAGGUUGGCAAGCUUGAAAAGGCUUUCAUACAAAAGGCUGGGCGAUAG